UCCAAUAUUUGCAUGCUUGGUUGGUGGGGCUGUAGAUUAAAUGCUACUACCAACAAAAUUGCUAAUAUUGCUUCCCGCUGCGCGUCUACCACGGAUACCGACGCUCCACUUGAUCCAAAAACGGCCUUGGCCCAUCCAGAGGAGUUGGAGCAGCGCUGCAAAUUGAGCGGAACGAUCACCGUGCCCACAGCCGUGGAUCUGAGUCCCAUUUCCGGUGUGCCCGCGAAGCUGCUCAAGGAGCGGCGUGUGCGCAUUCACAUCCCACCCAAGAAUGCGAUGCAAAGCGGCACCAGCAACCUCAACAAGUGGCAGAUUGAGUUCGACAAUCGGGAGCGCUGGGAGAACCCUCUAAUGGGCUGGGCCUCAUCUGGCGAUCCGUUGUCAAAUUUGAAUUUGCAUUUCGGAACUAAAGACGAGGCCGUUACCUACUGUGAACGCAAUGGCUGGCGUUGGUAUAUCGACGCCCAGGAGAAGAAACCCAAGAAGCAGCCUGUCAAGAGCUACGGAGUCAACUUUUCGUGGAACAAGCGCACGCGUCUCUCCACCAAGUAGAUUUCGGGGCGCUUAAUUGGGCAGUUCGAU